CGUGGCUGUGCGAGGACGCGAUGCGGCGCUCCGUCUUAUUAUUGGCAUUUUUGUGUGGGGCAGUGGUGGUCAGUCUAGCAGCAAAAUCCCAGAGUUAUGUGGAGAGCAUCUCAGACCCCAAGGAAUGGAAGAAAUUGCUGAGAACGCGGACCAACAUCCUUGUUUUAUACUCCCGGGGGAAAGUUAAACAAGAAAUAAAUAAUAUCUUCACUGAGGUUUCUCGUGAACUCAGGGGUACUGCAACCCUCGUGCAUAUUGACUGUGCGGGGGACGGCAAGAAGUUGUGCAAGAAGAAUAAAGUGGAACCCUCGACCUACCUCCUCAAGCACUACAAGGAUGGCGACUUCCACAAGGACUAUGACCGUCGGGAAACGGUGCAGUCCAUGUCGACCUUCCUUCGCGAUCCCUCUGGUGACGUACCCUGGGACGAGGAUGAGCAAGGCGUUGAUGUCGUUCACAUAAAUGAUAUGAAUGCCCUAAACAAAUUGCUUAAAAAGGAGAAAGCAUUCAUGAUGAUGUUCUAUGCCCCUUGGUGUGGCUUCUGCAAGCGGCUGAAGCCUGACUACUCUGCAGCGGCUGCAGAGCUCAAGGAUACGCACACUCUGGUGGCCAUGGAUGUUAAUAAGCCGGAGAAUUCAGCUGCCAGAAUCAAAUAUAACAUCACUGGCUUUCCGACCUUAGUCUAUUUUGAGGGGGGAGCACCCAAAUACACCUAUGAAGGUGAGAACAAUAAGGCAGGCAUUGUGUCCUUCAUGAAAAACCCUGGCAAGGCCCCAGAGAAGCCAAAGGAGGAGGUUUGGUCGGAGACUCCCAGUGAUGUGUCGCACCUCACAGAUGCCACGUUCCAUGAAUUCAUUAAGGGGGAAGCUUCAGUAUUGGUAAUGUUCUAUGCUCCAUGGUGUGGACAUUGCAAGCGCAUGAAACCUGAAUAUACUGCAGCUGCCACAGUACUUAAAGAGAAAGGGAUUCCAGGCAAGUUAGCAGCUGUCGAUGCCACAAAAGAGACAAAACUGGGUGCAGAAUUCUCUGUCAAGGGGUACCCAACGAUCAAGUACUUCAAGGAUGGGGAAUUUGCUUUCGACGUUUCAUCGGCACGAGAAAAGGACAAGAUCAUUGAGUUCAUGUCAGAUCCAAAGGAACCUCCUCCCCCACCUCCCCCAGAGAAGCCCUGGUCGGAAGUGGAGUCCUCUGUCAUCCAUCUCACGGAUGAGAACUUCAAGCCUUUCCUCAAGAAGAAAAAACAUGUUCUAGUCAUGUUUUACGCUCCUUGGUGUGGCCACUGCAAAAAAGCCAAGCCAGAGUUCACAGGAGCAGCAGACAAGUUUGUUGAUGACCCCAAAGUGGAAUUUGCUGCGGUGGACUGCACUGCGCAUCAGACCCUUUGUGGUGUCAAUGAUGUCAGUGGAUAUCCAACUUUCAAAUACUUUAAUUAUUACAAGAAUACUAAACCUUACAAUGGGGGACGGACGGAGAUUGACUUCGUGAAAUUCAUGGAGGAUCCUGAGAACCCUCUGAGUGGGUCUCCUCCCCCGCCCCCCUCUCCGCAGGAGGAAUGGGCGUCUGUGGAGGGAUCGGAGCUGCUGCACCACUUGACGGAGGCCACAUUUGAUGCUUUCAUCAAGGACAGGGAGGCGCUGGUUAUGUUCUACGCCCCAUGGUGUGGCCACUGCAAGGCCAUGAAGGGUGACUAUGGCCAGGCAGCGGUGGAACUGGCAGCAGAGGGCCAGAAUGGAGUCUUAGCCACUGUGGAUGCUACAGUGGAGCGCAGCCUCGCAUCCCGCUUCCAGAUCCGUGGCUUCCCGACGCUCAAGUUCUUUAGAAGGGGCCAGCUUGUCACGGAGUACAAUCGUAGUCGCAAAGCCGCUGAUAUUAUUGACUUCAUGAGGCACCCUCCUUUAGAUGGGAAGGAUGAACUGUAGAUAUUAGAAGAAAUAUGAUGAAUGUGCUUUUAUAUGGAUGUGAACUAUCAGUGCUGUGUACUUUUUUUUUUCCAUCUCCCCCUUUUUAAUUAUUUUUAUUUACUUUCUUUUUUUUUCCAAUUUUGAGACUAGUUCCAAGGUUUGUGAUGGAAGAAUUAAUAGGAACCAAACCUUAGCAAGGAUAUCAUUUCUAUUCAUUUGUCAUCACAUCUGAGAGUAUGUAUUGUUUUUUUUUCAUGUAAUUUAGUCAAGAUCCUCACCAGUUGAAAGUUUUGAUGGUUCAGACAUGAGUGCGAGUGUAAGGUGGAUGAUGGUAUGUUUGUUUCUCUGUACAUAGGAUAUGUAAAACAAAUUGUUCCCACCUCAGAACUUCUGAAGGUGAAGGUAUUUACGAUAAUAAAAUAACAAACCACUUAAAACUCCAGUAACAGAGAAACAAUGUCAUGUGAACACACAUUGUCAUUAGUAACAAGAUUUUUUUUUUUUUUUUUUUUUUUUCGUUCACCUUUAUGUUGCCCAGUGAUUUGCAAGAUGUGAUCAUAAUGAGUACAAACAAAGGAACAAAUAGGUAUACACUAUAUGGCAGAGUGGACUAGUGACAAUUUAAGGAAUUUUAGUCUUAGAUGAAAUCCAGGUGCCUGGAGUGAAAUUACCUAAAAAUUAACUUAAGAAGAGGAAGAAAAAAAAAAAAAAAUUCCACUUUUGUUUAGAUGUUAAGGUGUUUCAAGCACAGAUAAAGUGAAAUAGAGAAAAAAAAUAAGGCAAACUCAAUUGUAUUUUCCUCCUUUUCCGAUGAUGACAUUCCACAACCAAUAUUGGAAAGUCUUAGGAAAAAAAACAAGAAAAAAAAAAAAUGUAUAUGGAGCAAGGACCUAUUCCAUACCACUGCCAAAGUAACCAUUGUUUGGGGCCGUCCUGGUGAAUCCUCACCUAUAUAGCUGAGGUUUGACGGUGAAAUCUUAGUCAGAAAUAAUGUGCAAUUUGUGAAACGUUUCAUUGGCAGUCAGGCAGUAUGUUCAAUAAACUUGUGAGUUUGUUUUUUAUUUUUUAAUUUUUUGUUCGCUUAUCAUUGCUAACGUUUUUAUUAUAAUAAUAAUAAUAAUAAUAAUAGUAAUGCUGUCAUAGUUAUUACCAUUAUUAUAAUAGUUACUAUUAUUAAGAUUAUUUCUAUUACCACCAUUAUUAUUAUUACUAAUGUUCUUGCAACAAUUACUAUUCUUAUGAUCAGCCUUAUCAGCAGUUGAUGUUAUUUUUACUUAUUUUUUCAAGAAUGCUGUACUUAGGGGCCACUACCAGUUAUUAAUAUAUUUAACCUUGACAAGAUAGCUCAAAGGCCUUUGCGUUGCUUGGUUAUUUAUGUGUCUUUAGGUGACUGACUGAACGGCUACUGGUUUAUGCCGAUUAUUUUUUUACUAGUUUCCCCAUUGUGUUGUUAUUCCCCAAGUUGUUAAUGUUUGUAUUAGUUAGGUAUUUUUUUGUUACGUUUCUUAAAAAAAAAGCUAACCAUAUUUAUUUGCCUUUUGUAUGUAUUUUUUUGUUUUAUUUAUUUAUUGCUUUUUUUUUUAUUUUUUGAAAAGUGAUAUGUAUAAAUAUGUUUCACUUUUAAUAUAGCACAAACAUUUUGACAUACCUUUACAAUUACAGCUUCAAAUACAUAAUGAA